GACAGCAAGCGCAGGGCCGCUAGUGUUGUGACUGUGUGUGACCAACACGUGUUGUGGCGCUGCUCACUCAAGCUAUGGACACUGUGUGUGGGCGUGAGUCCUCGGUAUCGCCGCCUACGGUGGUGGCGCCCGUGGCCGUCAAACCUCCGACUUUGAGCGACGCCCACGCGGUGGCUGUACCCACAGAUCAGCAGCGCCUGCUGUAUCAGCUGGCCCUGGCCGAGCGGCUGCGUCUGGCCUCCGCUGGUCUGGCCUGGGCCAGACCUCCGCUCUCAAUCCACCACCACCAUCUUCAGGAGGCCGGUAUGGGCGGCAUAAUGGGCGGUAUCAUGGGCAGUCAUCUGAUGGGUGGCCUUGGAUCUUCUCUUAUGGGCGGUCUUGGGUCCGUCGGGCUGGGCGGUGCGCUGAUGGGCGGCCAGGGAGGUCCGCCGCCCGCGGCCUACCCGCCGCCCCACCCGUUGUACGGCUACCGCCUCAUGGACCCACGCGUCCUCCUGCCCCGGGGACCAGAGGAGCCCAAGCCCCAACACUCCUACAUCGGCCUCAUCUCCAUGGCCAUCCUCAGCAGCCCCGACAAGAAGCUGGUGUUGAGCGACAUCUACCAGUACAUCCUGGACCACUACCCGUACUUCCGCUCCAGAGGACCCGGCUGGCGCAACUCCAUCCGUCACAACCUCUCCCUCAACGACUGCUUCAUGAAGUCAGGUCGUUCAGCCAACGGGAAGGGCCACUACUGGGCCAUCCAUCCUGCUAACAUCGACGACUUCCGGCGAGGAGACUUCCGCCGACGGCGAGCUCAGCGCCGCGUCAGGAAGCACCUGGGACUGGCCGUCGACGACGACUCUUCCCCGGAGCCGCCGUCCCCGACUCCCUCCCUCACCGCCGCCUACGACUCACCCACGGCAAUCCUACAUCAACACACCACCGCCCUCACCGCCUCAGAGGAAGGUUCACCGUCACAGGCGUCCCCAGGGUCACUACCUCAGCCUCCUGUUGCCCGCAAGCGACAGUUCGACGUGGCCAGUUUGUUGGCCCCCGACGAUAAACUGCCCAAGACUCGCCGCCACACUAGUGACCUUGUCCAAGACGCCAGCCUCGACCUCAGUGAGAUAGAUGUUGUGAGCGACGACCCUGGGGACGACUCCAGACCCCACGCCGCCACCUCCUCGUCUCCCACGCCUGUUGUCCACGACGACGAUGAUGAUGAUGACGACGACGAUGACGACCAUCGUCCGUGGUCUUUGCUGGGUUGGGUUUCUGGAGCUCCUUGGCAGCUUCCUUCGUCGACGAGGAACGACGACUCCGAACCGCGCCCCACACAUGACCCUCCACCCGCCCAAUGAAAUUUCCCACACCAAGGGAGGUGACCUGCUGCUUCCCACACUAGGGGUGAUGACCUGCUGUGACCUGCUGCCUCUCACACUAGGGGCGAAGAACUGCUGUGACCUGCUGCCUCCCACACUAGGGGCGAUGACCUGAUGUCUCCUACACCAGGGGUGGUGCCUGCUGCCUCCUUCACUAGGGCAUUGACCUUCUACUGCCGCUACACACAGGACGGUGACCUCCUACAAGAGGAAAUUGACCCGCUGCCACCUGCAGGAGGAGGAAUAGCUGUGGGCGGCUCGGCUGUGAUACUCUGUAUAUAUAUAUAGGCCUAUAUAUGUUAUGUAUGUUGACUAUGUGAUGUAUUUAUUAAUUUUAUG